AAGAAAAUCUUCUGCAGGCUACGGGGUGUAGUUUUUGUGAAGUAGGUGUAAUGUUCUUAAUAUCCCAGUUUUACUAGACCGGUCCUGUUUUGUACGUUUUCAUCAAGUUAUUUUGGCAGCAAUUUAUUUUUCGUUUUGCUUUUGGCCUGUUAGUGUGUAAUCAAAAAUUUGUGUGCAAUUUUGACCGCCCGGCAUUGAGCCUUGUGUGUAAAACUAAAAUCGCCUAUAAUUCCAGCUUUUAUGUUGUUAGCCAACAAGUGUUGUUGAUGUGAAACGGAGUAGUUGAUUGUACUAGUUUGAAAAAAAGAAAAAAAUGAACGACUACAUGCGCCACCGUGCGGGGCAGCUGCACCCCAACCCGCAUGUGCACGCCAUAUGAAAUGCAAACAUGUCUGGGUCUGGAAGCAUGGAACUUGUAAUGCUAGUCCUGCAUUUCUUAAAAAUCUGUGUUGCAUGACUAGCAAAAAGACGCCCUUUUUUGUCAUACAAAAGCGCAGUGUCUGCGGCAAACUUGUCAUGCUUGGCUGCAUUGGGAAGUAUUUCAGUUAUCCACACUUCAGCAUCACAAGUUUCCAGACACAGACAUAUUUGCAAUGCAUACGCCAUGUGGUGGAGUAAACAGCUGUCGAAGCACAGAUUGAAAACCAAGACCCUGGCUUCCCCGGUGAAACAAAUGAUGACCUCCGGCACACCGAUAUGCGCGCGCAGGCCGAGCACGAUUUUGCAAACGGGGAUCGAUACGUCGCACCGUGCGACCAUUGCAAAUACGCUUUUGCAGGAUGGUGAAGACUUUGCGGACUUCGAUACCGAGAUGAACGGGGGUAUCCACCAUGCAGGAAAGAAUUCUUCAAGGAGAACGGUGAGUACAGAUGGGGUCAGGAAAACGAUUAGACCGAGCAGUAUUUGUUCUUUUUUGAGAUGAAGGUUUGUUGACUUUGCUUGUUGUAUUCACAUUCGAUUUUAUUCGAGCAGGCUAUUGCGAGCCGGAUUUUUUUGUCAUGCAAAAACCACGACUGAAUGUACCAGGUGCCUCUGCCGCGGUGAAUAAAGCGCCCUCCGCACGGGGACCGCGACCAACGAGCUCUUCCGCCCGCGCAACGGUACAUCCGGCGGCAAGAUCCGAAAUGGAAAACCGGUCGAAUUCAUCUGCUUCGGCAAGGAGAACACGCGCCGUGGUGGGGGGAACACAGCAACAGCAGCAGCAACGGCAGGGUGGAUCGUCAAAGACAAUCGCGUUCGCAGAAGGUAAUAUACAGAGGUUUUUUCGAUUCUGCUCAACAUGCAUGGUAUUCACACUACUUUGACUUGAUUGCAAUCGCUGAUCAUCUAGAUCUACAUUUUCAACAACUCCGCGUCUGCAUGCGAAAUGUCGAAAAAUGAUCUAUCAGAUACCAUGAAAGACCUACCCCUACCGGUCGAUCGACGGGCAACGGAAGAUAACUACGAGGGACCAGAUAUGGAAGUGGCAGAAUCGAAAUUGACAAAACCGAAAUAAAAUUUGUGAUGCAUAAAAUGGAUUCCAGUUCGAAGCCAGUUUCUAAGUGGCGCAUCACAAAUUCUGCUGGUGCCUAAAUCCAGUUUGCAAUGCUGUUUAGGCAAAGAAGAGGAAGACUGAUUCUCUCAUGGUGCUUUAGCAGCUCGAGCUAUAACCCCAAACAGGCUACUUACAAUCGGCCUCACUUGCCUGCUCUGCAACACAUGUAUUUCGCGUCAUGCAUUUUAUGCAUCACAAAUGUUUCGACUUUGUCAAUUUCGAUCCUGACAGGUCCAUACCAGAAGCAUCAUCUUCUUCCUUUGCGACAAGAGCAGCUUCAACCAAACCAGGUAACAACGUGUUCGCAAAAGUAGAGGAGGAGAAUAAACCGUCGUCAUCAACAGAGUCGUCCUCUACUGUCGACGCCCGGCUACGUAUGACAGUGCACAACUUCCCCUCCCCCUCAUUUGCAUUGCAUGAACAGCAAUACAAACACCAGCACACGCGGAGCUUGCGCAUGACAAAUUCAUGCGCCUAGUGUAGGACUGUUUGGGCUUCCGGAAUCUGUCAUGCAUAACAGUGAUACAAGGAAACUGCAACUGGAAUUGGGUAUUUGCAUGAGAAAUGAGAACGAGGGGGAGUUGUGCACUCUCAUACUACGGAAGGUCGAGGAAGUUUUUCUGCAGUGCCUGGAGGAAAUCGAUGCGGUUGAGAAGGACGUUUUUGAAAAAGAAAUGAUAUGCAUUGCAACAUCAUCGUACUCGUAGUACUUGCAAGCCUGCAUGACAAAUGUUCUUCUUAAUCUCAAGCAGCAUCACAAAUUUAAGUUUUCAUGCUGAGUAAAGUUGUAAUGCAAGGAAGUACUACGAGUGCGAUGCUUCUGCAAUGCAUAAAUGAACGAUCAGGACAACAGUAGUUCCAGUACGAGGUUGCUCCGCAGAUUUGCGAUGAUGAAGAUGACGGUGGGGACUUGUGCGAGGGAAACGGAUUUUCUCCGGGAGGAGAUUUCACAUUUAUUGCAGAGGAAAAAGUAGGAUGAUGAUCUUCUUCACGCUUCGAUAGUAUCGUUACAGGAUACCCUCCUGAGUCACUGCAUAUGUUGAUUUGCCUUGAAUGAAUUUUCUUUGUUGACUAGAAGUAGACAUCAAAUAGAAAUAAACUGCACAGCUAACCGCAAUUGCAUCAAGUACGAGUCCAGCAUAAUUCUGAGUAAACAAAUAGCGAUCCCAUAAGUUUCUUAGCACCUCCACGAUACGGUAUCUUUCUUUUGCAUCACACAUAGUACCAGCUAAAUUUUUGUCACAAGUGUAUUGAACAUGUAGUCUGAGUUUUGUUUCGCGUAUGCUAUGAUGCGGAAGACGAGCAGAAAGGACAUAGAACAGCAGCUGUAGAUUAAGAAAACGGCACAGAACAAAUAACGAAAGAAAAAAUGACUGUCGCUGAAGAUCUUCACCGUCAUGAGAAAUUGUAAAAAUUUUCGUAGCUACAAAAUAUCCGAUCCGAUGCUGCCUCUGCGUAUCAAGCCGUGUGUGUUCCUUGUUG